CGCUGGAAGCGCUGCGCCGUGAGGGGCCGCGCGAUGUGGCUGAAGCCCGAGGAGGUGCUGCUGAAAAAUGCCCUCAAGCUGUGGGUGCAGGAGCGCUCCAACCAGUACUUCGUGCUGCAGAGGCGGCGGGGCUAUGGCGAGGAGGGCGGAGGCGGGCUGGCAGGUCUCCUUGUGGGAACGCUGGAUGCAGUGCUGGACUCCACGUCGAAGGUGGCCCCGUUCCGCAUCCUGCACCAGACGCCCGACUCGCAGGUGUACUGGUCCAUCGCCUGCGGAUCCAGCAGAGAAGAAAUAACAGAACAUUGGGAGUGGUUAGAACACAAUGUUAUGAAGACUUUAUCAGUGUUUGAUUCAAAUGAAGACAUUACGAGCUUUGUCCAGGGAAAGAUAAGAGGUUUGAUUGCUGAAGAGGGAAAAUAUUCUUUUGUAAGAGAAGAUGAUCCUGAGAAGUUUCGUGAAGGUCUCAUGAAGUUUGAGAAGUGCUUUGGGUUACCAGAGCAGGAGAAGUUGAUUACCUACUACUCAUGCAGUUACUGGAAGGGCAGAGUGCCCUGCCAAGGAUGGCUGUACCUUAGUACCAACUUCCUGAGCUUUUAUUCCUUUUUGCUUGGAGCAGAAGUAAAACUUAUUAUCUCCUGGGAUGAAAUAUCAAAACUUGAGAAAACUUCCAAUGUGAUUCUGACAGAGAGCAUUCAUGUGUGCUCCCAUGGGGAAGAUCAUUAUUUUUCCAUGUUUUUGCACAUUAGUGAAACAUUCCUGCUCAUGGAGCAGCUGGCAAACUAUGCAGUUAGGAGGCUUUUUGACAAGGAGACAUUUGAGAAUGAUCCAGUCCUUCAUGACCCUCUGCAGAUCACCAAGAGAGGCUUGGAGAGCUAUGCCCACAGUAAGCAUUUUAGUGCAUUCUUCAGGUUACCUAAAGAAGAGUCCUUGAAGGAAGUUCAUGAGUGCUUCUUAUGGGUUCCUUUCAGUCAUUAUAACACCCAUGGGAAAAUGUGCAUUUCAGAAAACUACAUCUGCUUUGCUAGCCAGGAUGGCAGCCUGUGCAGUGUGAUCAUUCCAUUGAGAGAGGUCACAGGGGUGGAUAAAGGAGAUCCAGCCAACAGAGGAGUCAGCAUUAGUACCAAAGGGAAAACAGCUUUUCGUUUCACAGAGGUGAGAGAUUUUGAACUGCUUGUGGCAAAGCUCAGGAUGAAAUGCAAUGCAACUGCAAGUCCACAACACAUCAUAAGUACUGAGGUUGCAGCUGGUUCUGCCACUGACAGUCCAAAGGAUUUUGGUGCAGGACAGUCAAAGAUGGGCCAGAGAGAUAACAGCAAAACUGUCAGUACAGAAGCCCUUAUGACUGUCUACCAUCCUCAGGAUGCUGAGAACCUGGACUCUAAAAUGUUGAAAGAAAAGAUGAAGGAGCAGUCAUGGAACAUCCUGUUUGCAGAACGGGGCCAUGGGGUCAGUAUGUUUCGUACAAAGAAGACUCGAGACCUGGUUGUGAGAGGCAUCCCAGAGGCAUUAAGAGGAGAACUCUGGCUGCUUUUCUCAGGUGCUGUAAAUGACAUGGCAUCCAACCCUGGUUAUUACACUGAGCUGGUGGAGAAGUCCUUAGGAACGUGCACUUUGGCUACUGAUGAAAUUGAACGAGAUUUACGUCGCUCCUUGCCUGAACAUCCUGCUUUUCAAAGUGACACAGGAAUUUCUGCCCUCAGGAGAGUUCUUACAGCUUAUGCAUUCAGGAAUCCACAAAUUGGAUAUUGUCAGGCAAUGAAUAUUCUGACAUCAGUGCUUCUGCUGUAUGCUAAAGAGGAGGAAGCAUUCUGGCUUUUGGUUGCUGUGUGUGAAAGGAUGCUCCCUGAUUAUUUCAAUCGCCGAAUCAUUGGUGCCUUGGUUGAUCAGGCAGUGUUUGAGGAGCUCAUCAGGGUUCACCUGCCUCAGCUGACAGACCACAUGACGGACAUGACUUUUUUCUCCUCAGUCUCUCUCUCCUGGUUCCUUACCCUUUUUAUCAGCGUGCUGCCAAUUGAAUGUGCAGUCAAUGUGGUGGACUGUUUCUUCUAUGAUGGAAUAAAGGCAAUCUUGCAGCUUGGCCUUGCAGUGCUGGAAUACAACAUGGAGAAGUUGCUCACUUGUAAGGAUGAUGCAGAAGCAGUCACUGUUCUCAACAGAUUUUUUGACAGUGUCACUAACAAAGACAGUCCUUUACCUCCAGCUGUGCAGCAGGGCUCCAACCUCAGUGAUACAAAGAGUGACCAUCCAAAAGUGGACAUCACUGAUCUGAUACGGGAGUCAAACGAAAGGUACGGUGACAUUCGCUAUGAGGAUGUGGAGAGCUUGCGCUGCCGGAACCGCCUUUAUGUGAUCCAGACCUUGGAAGCUACGACCAAGCAGAAUGUGCUACGUGUUGUGUCUCAAGAAGUAAAAUUCAGUCCUAGUGAUCUUGAAGAGCUUUAUGAUUUAUUCAAGAAGGAGCAUUUCCUCUCCUGUUACUGGAGUGUAAAUAGUCCUGUGCUGCAGCACCAUGAUGCCAGCCUGCCCUACCUUGAGCAGUACCGGGUUGAUUGCCAGCAGUUCAGGGUUCUGUGCCACCUCCUGAGCCCCUGGUCCCACUGUGCCAACAGAGACUCCCUGGCUCUCUGGACAUUCCGACUGAUGGAUGAGACUUCCAACUGCCUUAUAAACUUCAAACAAUUUGCCUGUGUUCUUGAUACGAUGUAUAAUGGAAGCUUCACUGACAAACUCAAGUUUCUUUUUAAGUUGCACAUCCCUCCAGCUUUUACUGAAGUAGAAUCUCUAAGCCCUUCCAAAGGGGAUGAUCUUUCAAAGGAAGAACUGAUGCACUUCAGCCAGCUCAGUGUUUCAUCUGUUGGGGAUAGCCUUGAAAGUGGUUCUUUGAAGAGCAGCCCAGAAAAAGGUAAGGGGAAGGUUGACAUUCAGGCAUAUCUGAAGCAAUGGCAAGAUGAACUUCUUAAAAAAGAAGAAAAUGUCAAGGAUUUGCCAAGAAUGAAUCAGUCUCAGUUCAUCCAGUUCUCAAAAACUCUCUACAAUCUGUUCCAUGGGGAUCCUGAGGAGGAGCUCCUGUACCGCGCCAUCGCGGUGGUGACCAGCCUCCUGCUGAAAAUGGAAGAAGUUGGCAGAAGGCUGCAGAGUCCCAUGUCACCUGUCACAAGUCCAGUUGCUGUUACAGAAGUGGCUGCUGAAGUGCCCAGAGAGAGGCAGGAGGAAAGCAGCUCUGAGCAGACUGAAGGCAGUAGAGCACAGAGUUUGGAAGGGAACCAUGAAUGGUCUUUUGCCUUUGAACAGAUUCUGGCAUCCUUAUUAAAUGAGCCAGCCUUUGUGAGAUUUUUUGAAAAACCUCAUGACAUAAAAGCUAAAAUAGAGAGUGCUAAAAAUUUACAACUUAAAGCAAGAACCAGAGUGUAAUUUUCUGUACAUUUGAUCCUGAAUUAAUCACAUAAAGUGCUUACAAAUGAAGGCUGUAACUAUGGAAAUCAAGUCUGGUGUUGACAUAGGAAAUUAAGUUUGAAGAAUUAGCUUCAAGUAUCAGAUUACUGGUAUGUAAUGUAAAUAAAAAUAGUUUGAAGCACA